CAGGUGCCGCACGUGGAAGAGGACAUAUUGGAUGGUGUGGGCGGCGCAGGCAGCAUGGAGGGCGCGGGCGGGCGGGCGGGAAGCAGAGUGGGCGGCGGACAAGGGGGCGGAGCGACGUCCAGAGGUUCCUCCAGUAGCGGGUCUUCAGGGCAAGGGACGGGCGGCGGCGGGGGCGGCGGCACGGCGAUGACGACGGCGAUGACGACGGCGAUGACGACGGCGGGCUUCACCUCCUCCACGCAGACGCUCGCCGUGACUUCGACGCCCCGCUCCCUCUCCCUGGCCUCCAUCUCCUCCGAGGGGAGCACCGACAGCCACCUGGUGGAGCAGGAGGACAUCGUCGCCCUCACCUCCGCCGUCAGGGCCUUCAAGGAGGCGCUGGGGAAGCUCAAGCGCAUCUUCCACCCCGAGAGAGAUAAGAACGAGACCCUGCGCGUGGCUGCACACGAGCGCCUCGGAGAAGUCCUGAGGAUCCUGAGGUCGAUCCUCGAGAAGUACAGCCCCAUCCAGCACAACGAGCUCCUGGCUGCUGCCUCCCACCUCAUCACUCACGUCAACGGCUUCAGCUAUGAGGACGAGAAGGCCGACCCCACCGCCUUCCUGGAGGCGAUCGACCAGCUGGCUCUGGCCUUCUCCAGCAGAGUAUCGGAGUAUCUUAUGGGAGACAUCGACACCUCGUCCGCUUUCCUCAAUUGUUCGACCGCUUCUUCACGCACCAAGUCCUGCGAGAACCUUGUAAGCAGCGAUGCGGAGAGCACCACAGGAGACCGAGGAGGAGGAGGAGGAGGAGGCGGAGGCGGCGGAGGAGGAGGAGGAGGGGCCGGGAUGACGGGCGUCGGGCCCUUGGACACCUCGAAGGAACCCGAGGUCCUCACGCAGCAGCAGAUCGACGAGUACCUCUACAGACACGAACAGGGCGUUGACCACGCCCUCCACCGCGCCAAGGUGUGGAGCAAGUACGCGAAGGACGUGAUCUCUUACAUCGAGAAGCGCGCUCAGCUCGACAUGGACUAUGCCAGGAAUCUCACCAAGCUUGCUCACACGAUCAGGCCGGCGCUCAAGGAGGAGAGCUUCCUGCCCUUCCAGUCGAUCUACUGCACCGCCCUGGACCAAGACAUCGAGAACUGUACCAACUUGAGCGCCACCUGCACGCUCCUGCAGACGCACAAGUUCAUUGAGCCGCUCACGUCCCGGAGGAACGACCACGAGAGGGCCAGGAAGGUGAUCAAGGACACCUGGCAUAAGGAACUCAAGAAACUCACCGAAUCUGUCAACAACCUGAAGAAACACAAGAUUAUUUACGACCAGAGACAGCAGGAGCUAGCCAAGGCGCGGGAGGCCGCCGCCCGAGCCGAGAACACGGAAAACCAAGACAAAAUCGAAAGAAAACGAGACGAGGCCAUCUUCAAGGCCCGCGAGGCGGAAGCCACCUACAGGAGCUGUGUGGCGGAGGCGAACGACAGACACGCGGCGCUCCUGAAGGUGAAGCGCGAUGUCCUGAUGCAAACCCGGGAGCUGAUCCUGCAGUGCGACCAGACCAUGAAGGCGGUGACCGUCUGCUACUUCCAGCUGCAACACACCGUGGCAGCCCCGGCGCCCGUGCAGCUCCAGACUCUAUGCGAGAGUUCCCGGUUGUACGAGCCGGGGUCGCAGUACAUGGAGUUCGUGAAGAGACUGGGUCCCUCCCUCGGCCAGGAGACCCCCGAGACGCCCUUCAGCUUCGAGUCCUACACGCCGGGACAGCAGGACGCCCCUCACGACCACGCGACCAAUGGCUCCGUUCCUGGGGCGGAGGACCUGCAGGUGGGCCGACUGGCGGGCCCCGGAGGCAGCGACACGGACAGCGUAGGCUCGUCGAAAUCGGCCAAGAGCGCCGAUGCUUCCCCAACUGCGUCGCCUCUCAUUAAAGCCCGCCGCCCGCACGCCCUCUCGUCCGGGGAUGAGCUGGAGACCGACCCUGACACAGCGGACACACACUACCUGCGAGGGACGCGGCUUCAGGUGAUGAGCAAGGCCGCCGUCACCCACGCCUUCAGGAGGCUCAAGACGCCGUCCAGGUGCCGCGAGUGUGACUCCUACGUGUACUUCCAUGGCUACGAGUGUGCGGAGUGCAUGCUAGGCUGUCACAAGAAAUGCUUGGAAACGCUGGCGAUCCAGUGCGGCCACAAGAGACUGCCCCGGAAGAUGACGACCUUCGGCGUGGACCUGGCGCAGCACCUGAGUGAGACCAACGCGCCCGUCCCCCACCUCGUCCUCAAGUGCAUUGCGGAGAUCGACGCCCAUGGAAUCAAGACCAAG